AUGUCCCGUCAAGGCUCUCUCAAUCUCAGGACUACCGACGAUGUCAACCGUAUUGAAGCCCCCGUCACGUGGAAGGCGUAUCUAAUGUGCGCUUUCGCAUCGUUCGGUGGUAUCUUCUUCGGUUAUGAUUCUGGUUACAUCAAUGGUGUCAAUGGAUCCGACAUCUUUAUUCACAAGGUCGAAGGACCUGAUCGAGAUGCCUUGACCUCGUCCCACCAAUCCCUUAUCGUCUCUAUCUUGUCGGCCGGUACCUUCUUCGGUGCUCUUAUUGGUGGCGACAUGGCCGACUUCAUUGGCCGCAAAUGGACCGUUAUCCUGGGCUGCUUUAUCUACAUUAUCGGUGUGGUGAUCCAAAUGAUUACUGGUGAGGGUGAUGCUCUUGCUGCAAUUGUCACCGGUCGUCUGGUGGCUGGUAUUGGUGUUGGUUUCGAAAGCGCCAUUGUCAUCCUCUACAUGAGUGAAAUUUGCCCCAGAAAAGUCCGAGGCGCUCUUGUCGCAGGCUACCAAUUCUGUAUCACCAUCGGUAUCAUGCUCGCAUCAAUCGUUGUCUACGCUACUGAGGAUCGCGACGAUACCGGCUCAUAUAGAAUCCCCAUUGCCAUUCAAUUCGCCUGGGCUCUGAUCCUGGGUGGUGGCCUUAUGACUCUUCCCGAUUCGCCACGGUACUUUGUCAAAAAGGGCCGACUUGAAGACGCUUCGAUCUCGCUCUCCAGACUACGUGGUCAACCUCGUGAUUCAGAAUACAUCCAAGUUGAACUGGCGGAAAUCGUAGCCAACGAGGAGUACGAGCGUGCUAUCAUCCCCGACAGUGGCUGGUUCUCUUCCUGGUACAAUUGCUUCAAGGGAGGCCUCUGGGUACAGAAGUCGAAUCUGCGUCGUACUAUUCUGGGCACUUCUUUGCAAAUGAUGCAACAAUGGACUGGCGUGAACUUUAUCUUCUACUACUCAACUCCAUUUUUGCAAUCCACCGGGGCCAUCGACAAUACUUUCCUCAUCUCGCUCAUCUUCACCCUGGUGAAUGUGUGCUCCACACCACUCUCUUUCUGGGCGGUGGAGAAGUUUGGCCGUCGUCCUCUCUUGAUAUGGGGUGCCCUGGGCAUGCUGAUCUGUCAGUUCUUAGUGGCCAUUGUUGGAGUUACUGUGGGAUUCAACUAUACUCACCCUGACCCUAACGAUCCCGAUGUCAGCCUUGCCGACAACAUCCCUGCCGUGAACGCGCAGAUUGCAUUCAUUGCCAUCUUCAUCUUCUUUUUCGCUUCGACCUGGGGGCCAGGUGCCUGGAUUGUCAUUGGUGAAAUCUUCCCCCUACCCAUCCGCUCUCGUGGCGUCGCUUUGUCCACUGCGUCGAACUGGCUCUGGAAUACUAUUAUUGCGGUCAUCACUCCCUACAUGGUCGGUGAGGAUCACGGAGAUUUGAAAUCAUCCGUCUUUUUCGUCUGGGGUGGCCUAUGCACCGCUGCGUUUGUCUAUUCGUAUUUCCUCGUUCCCGAGACCAAAGGCCUCACUCUCGAGCAAGUCGACAAGAUGAUGGAAGAGUGCACGCCCCGAACUUCGUCCAAAUGGAAGCCUACCACCACUUUCGCUCAAACCAUGGCCAAAGAUGGCGUUUUGGAGAAAGGUAUUGUGCAAGCUGUCGAGAGAAAAGGGUCCGCAUUCUAG